UCUAAACUUUACAAAAUUUCCUUGUUACUUUUCCCUUCCACAGUGAUUGUGAUAAAAAAACUCCUUCUUGCUUUCAUCUCCGCCCGCCGCCGCUCCAUCUCGACGCGUCAACCUCAACGUCGGUGGGUUGAUCAACGGAGAGAAAGAAAGAUGCUGAAGUUCCUAUCAAAAGUGAAGAUCGAGUUCAAUGCACUAGAUCCACGAACCGCAUCGUGUAUGGAGUUUUUAGCCCAAUGCAACUCACGAAAAGCGAAAGAAUCAAACCCUGGCUGCGAAGUUGAGGUCAAACGUAAAAACAACGUGGAGCAUCCGCCGCAGAUCACGGUGACGUUCGUUAACGGAGUGGAAGAAGCUUUCGAUGCAACAUCGACGCCAGCGCACCAUAUAACUAAGAUGAUUCUGGAGAAAGGUCAGUACCUUGAGACUGAACAGAUGUUCCGUGAAGCAGGAGAACAAUGGCCUGUUAUUAUCCCUCAUGAAGAACUCUCUCAACAUGCACCUGGAACCAAACCAAGGAAAGCAGAGGAGAAGAAGCAAUAACUAAAAAGUGUUGAGCUUAUUAACUGCUGGGAAUUGUCCUGUUUCCUUUUGGUGGAGAAUGUAGCAUUUGAUCACUUCUGUUGUGCGUCUUACUAUAUUUUAGGACUAAAUUAUUGAGUUCAUAACUACAUAUGAUUUGAAUAAUAACCAAUAUCUCUGAAUUGCUGAAUUUUGAAAUUGUAGACUUCCCAUGCUUAAAUUUAUUUAGUCAAGUUGAUGCACAA